AUGUUUAGGUCACUUGUUAAUAAGCUAGAAGGAGUGAAUCCAAGGAAGUUAAAUCAUGAAGAGAAGCUAGCUUUCUGGAUUAACAUACACAACUCUUUGGUUAUGCACUCGAUUCUUGUCUACGGGAACCCAAAGAACAGUAUGAAAAGAGUCUCUGGAUUGCUGAAGGCAGCGUAUAAUGUUGGAGGUCGAAGCUUGAACUUAGAUACCAUUCAGACAUCAAUCCUUUGUUGCCGCGUCUCUCGUCCAGGACAGGUCUUUAGGUUCUUGUUUGCUUCUAAAUCAAAGAGUAAAGCUGGAGACUUAAGUAGAGAUUAUGCUAUAACUCACCCUGAGCCUCUUCUUCAUUUCGCACUUUGCUCUGGGAACUUCUCAGAUCCAUCAGUUCGUAUUUAUACGCCCAAGAACGUGAUGAUGGAGCUAGAAUGUGGUAGAGAUGAGUAUGUAAGAUCAAACGUAGGGAUCUCUAAAGACAACAAGAUUCUUUUGCCGAAGCUUGUUGAAUUAUACGCCAAGGACACUGAGCUUUGCAACAUUGGCGUUCUCGAAAUGAUCGGGAACUGUCUGCCUUGCGAUGCAAGAAAUAGAAUCGAGCAAUGUCGAAACAAGAAGCAUGGGAAGUUCUCUAUAGAUUGGGUUGCACAUGAUUUCAGAUUCGGGUUUCUUCUCUGA